GGGGGAUACAAAAGAUGGAAAAACGCAGACUGGACUGUGUAGGUCUACCCCCAGGCUGGAAGCGUGAAGAAGUAGUCAGAAAAUCAGGAUUGUCUGCGGGGAAGACUGAUGUUUAUUAUAUAAGUCCAGAUGGUAAGAAGAUAAGAAGCAAACCCCAGCUGGCUCGACAGCUAGGUGAACAGUUUGAUCUUAGUGCUUUUGACUUCCGCAGUGGUCGAAUUAACCAUAGUCAACUGAGAAAAAGUAAGCGCCCACAAGGACCAUAUGACUUCACCAGAGGAAUGAGACACGACGGUACUUUAGUAUUGCCUAUAAGGCAGACAGCAUCCAUAUUUAAGCAGCCAGUCACUGUCAUACAUCGAGAAGAGAGCAAGACAAAAUCAGAAUUAAAACAUGGACCACAGGAUCCUCCUAAACAGUUGUUCUGGGAGAAACGUCUACAGGGCAUACAAGCCUGUGAUAGUCAAGAAGAAGUCAUCAAGGCCCUAGAUCUGCCAAGAAAUGUACAAGGUGUAGGCCCAGAGCUGACAACAGAAAACAUUUUACAGAGUAUAUCAGCAGCUCUCCAUAUCAGCAAUAGUCCAGUUGUAGGUCAAGGUAAUAACAGAGCAACAGUGGCCAAAAACCCAGGUGUCAACAUCGAUGUGUAUCAACCACACAUACAGCAAGUGAUUGUGUCAGAAGAAGACAUCCGCAGACAAGAACUGAAGGUGAUCGAAGCCAGAAAGAAGCUGCAGGAUGCCAUUAAAGGACUAAUGUAGUGAUCCCUAUCUAGGAACUAUUUAUAUUAUCAUGUCAAAACCCAGUAGAUCUGAGAUGAUGUGUGUUUGUUACUAGUGAGGGCUGUACCCCUAACUAUAUGUAGUCCUCAAACAUUGUAUGUGUACUCAUGUUGCUUUUACCAUAAAAUUGUCAGAUUUUCAUUGUUCCUGUGCUUGUUAGGAUGACUUCAAAGAUCAUUUGUCAUAUUUAUUGAAUAAAAAUGCAAUCAGUGACUGUAA